GUACUUAUAAAGAUGACUAUUUUUAUAUAUUAUUAAUAUGUUGGUAUUUUUAUGUAUGAAUAGAUUUACCACUGUUACUGUAUCAAAACCCAUUAUUAUCUCUUAUUCCAAAGAAUUUUCCUUUCCUGGUGUUUUACGACACGGAUAUAAAUAUUCUGCUAUAAAUGAGGAGAGAGGGGGGUGAAGUGGUCCGUCCAUGUUGGGGUUGUGGGGGUUGAAAAAGAAACGAGGGGGGAGUGGGGCGGGGGAGUUAUGGCAUGGGAGGAGGGGAGAGCAUUAGCAGCAAUAAAGGCAGGAGCUUUGGGAUGGGGUGGUGGUGGUGGCGGCGACGGAGGAUGUCUCCGGCGAGCGGCGGAGGGAGGCGGCGGAGGAGGGCGGCGGCGGCGGCGUCGGCGGCGGUGAUCUGCUGCUCCCCGGUGCUCCUACCGCUCCUCUGCCUCUGCCUCCCCUUCCUCUGCGUCGCCGCCGCGUGCCUCCGCGUGGGGCGGCCGGCGGCGGCGGCGGAGGAGAGCGGCGGCGGCGGCGGCGGCGCCUUUUUGGGGCGGUGCGAGGAAGGGGAGGGGGAGGAGGAGGAGGGGCGGCUGCUGCAGAGGUACUUGGAGGACCAGCUAGGGCUCGUCGGGGCCCUGUGGGAUUGCGACGAGAGCGCGGGAGUAGUAGGAGGAGGAGAUCGUUUUUAGAGAGAGAGAGAGGAGGAAUCGGAGAUAAGAGUUCGCGAAGUGAAUUACGUUUUAUCUGUUUAAGUUUUGAUUGUGUUUGAAUGAAUGAUACAGGUAAGAGAGUUUACCAUUUUUCUCUUCUUGUGUUUGUUAAUGGUGGUGAGAGCAGGGCAAGGGAGGAGAAAUAGAGGGUGUAAGUGAAUAAAUUAAUUGGACUUAAAAACGGAUUUCCCACAAAACAUGUGAAAAGAAGCUUCCUAGCCAAUUGAUGAA